UACCUAUUAAAUCCUAUUCCUAUUUUUCUAUUAUGAUAAGACUAUUUUAAUUAACGACAAAGCUAUAUUCCUUUGUUUUCCUUGUUGUUUACUAAUGAAUGCAUUUAUAUGUAGAUUUAUUACCGAUGAAGCUGGAUAUACAUGCAAUAAAAUUGCUUAGGACUAAAAAUGUUUCUGAAAAAUAUUUAUAUACUUUUUUUGAUCGCAAGUAGUAUGUCCUCGCAAAAUAAUCACACAACCGAAAGCAGUGGUGAAUCAUUUCAACACAGUAGACAGAAAAUAUCUAAUGUCUUUUUAAGUAACGCCCACGAAUUGUGCGUCGAAUUGAAACCUGCAAGACCAUCAGAAUACUGUAGAAGCAGCAUCUCGAUUCUAAACACGGAAUUACGUGCAGCAGAGCCCGGAAAGCUAUAUACCUCACCCGUUUGUGUUCCACAUUCAGUCCUUGAUUUUGAAGAAAAUGUGGAGAUCGUUUGCUCAGAGAGGGGUGAUGUUGUCAGAAAGCGUAUUUAUAAAGAAGAUUUCCAAACGGAAAUAGUCACAGAAAUGGCUCUAACUAGUGAAACCAACACGCAUACAUUGGUACACUCUAUAAAGUUAAAAGUGAAGUCGAACCCAUUCUUCAUGAGAUGGAGAAUUGACAACGUCACAUUGACAGCGGGAGAAACACAAAACGGCAUAAAAGCAUGGAGACAGCAACUAACAGAUGAUUUUACAUACAAAGUAACAUUGUCGUUUAUUGGACCGAAGGAAUAUUUGAAUCAACGAUACACCUUGAUAUUGGAGAGUCCAAAAAAAACUUUCAUGUACUCAGCUCCAUUAUUGAAGCACAACUGCAGAAAUAUCAAAAUUAACACCAAAUCAAGCAAUUGCAGUAACGAUAAUCAUAAAUUGAUUGAUAAUAAUCAUUCAAAUAACCAAAGUAUGAAUUUUAGUACCAAUAUAAACACCCAAUCGAAAAUUAAUAAGUCUAGUCCCUUCGUCCAGUUUCAAAACAAUCAAACUGUCAACUCCAGCUUUGAUCAAUCAAUCAACCACACCAUCAAUGAACCAGUGGAAAAAAGUAAAGAUUUCCAAAUGUCCUCGUUCUUUAUAGGCAUAGGCGUGGGUGUAACAUUAUCAAUCAUACUAUUUUUUAUAAUGCGACUGACAAUCUGCCGUCCACCGACGCAGAAGCGCCGAAGGUUGCCCACCCCACCGGCACUUGACCAAGAGUAUUAUUCUGAAUUAUAUUCGUGGAGAGUACCACGAAGAUAACUUUUUAAGUAUAUUGUUUCAAUAUCGUUAAUGUAUGAACUACGUCCUAGUCACUGGAGUAUUUUCCAUUUUACUGACAUUUAUCCUCUCAUCC